AUGGCAGAAAUGGAAGAUUUUGUAGGUCAGGAGCCACAACCAGUUGAUGAUGAUUCAUUUAAAGAACCAAUGAAAAAAAGAAGACGGUCAGAUCGAGACCAACGGUUCCGAGCAUUUCCCUCCAUGGAGCAAAGUGCUCUUAAGGAAUAUGAAAAAUUGGAGUCACGGACCAGAAGGGUUCUGAGCAACACUUAUCAGAAACUUAUCCAGUCUGUAUUCCUGGAUGACAACAUUCCCAGUGGAAUCAAAUAUCUCAUAAACAGGCUUCUUACCUUGAUUGAAAAGCCAUCAUUGGAUCCAAUCUACAUUGGAUUAUUUGGAGGCACUGGGGCUGGGAAGAGUUCCCUAAUCAAUGCCAUCAUCCAGCAAGAAAUGUUUCUACCAGUGUCUGGAGAAAAUAUAUGUACUUCAUGUAUUGUGCAAGUGAGCUCAGGCUGCUGUGACCAGUAUGAGGCCAAAAUACACUUUCUGUCUGAUCAGGAGUGGAAGGAAGAACUGAAGAACUUGACUAAACUCCUACACGAAACAGAGGAGUUGGGCAGAGAAGAAGAUGCAUGGGACAGGGAUGAUGCAGUGGAGGAAGCCAUCUGGAAGCUACAAGUGCUUUAUGGAAAUGGAGCGGAAAGUAAGAACUAUGAGGAGUUACUAAGGGCAAAGCCCAAAGGAAAGAUUCCCACCUCCAGAAUCAUCACCCUCAAGGCAGAGGAGGCAGGAGACCUAUCUGUCAAGCUGGAUCCCUACAUCCGGGCUCAGAGGAGAGAUUGCAAUGCAAAAUUAGCUGGGGCACAAAUUUGGCCCUUGAUCAAACGUGUGGAAGUGACUCUUCCCAAAUCUGAGCUGAUUCCAGAAGGGGUUGUGCUAGUGGACAUUCCAGGCACAGGCGACUUCAACAGCAAGAGGGAUGAGAUGUGGAAAAAGACCAUUGACAAAUGCUCAGUGAUCUGGGUGAUCAGUGACAUAGAAAGAGUUUCUGGGGGGAGAGCCCAUGAAGACCUUCUCAAUGAGAGCAUCAAAGCCUGCCAACGGGGUUUCUGCAGGGACAUUGCCCUGGUGGUCACCAAGACUGACAGACUCCACUUGCCGGAAUAUUUAAGGGAAAGAAAAGUGGGAAAUCAAGUUAUUCAAAAUCAACGAGAGGCUAUUUUGGAAAGAAAUGAAACAUUGAAACUACAAAGGAGUAGAAUUCUCAAGGAAAAACUGAAGAGAAAACUGCCAGCUGACUCCAAGGUCCUGGAAGCCUCAGAUCUGGUGUACACAGUCAGCGCCCAGGAGUACUGGCAGCAGGCUUUCCUCACUGAGGAGGAAACUGAAAUCCCAAAGUUAAGAGAGUAUAUCAGGAAACAGCUCUUGGACAAGAAGAGGAGGAUGGUGACCAAGUAUGUUACUGAAGCCUUUGGCCUAUUGCUCCUCACAGACAGUUUCAACUCCACGGACCAUCUGCCGAAUGAAUACUUGCACAUGAGUUGCCUGAGGAGAUUUGUGGAAGAGAAGAUUCAGCUGCUGGAGAAGAUCAUUGACCAGUGCUUUGCCCAGAUAGAGCAGCCUCUGCAGGAAGGGGUCAGAAAUGCCAGGACUUCCUACCGACGGAUCCUCAGCGGAUGCCUGGUGAGAAGUAAAGGAAACCAAGGUUUUCACCAGACUCUGAAAGCUGUUUGCCUGAAAAAUGGCAUCUAUGCCUCCAGGACUCUCGCAAGAAUAGAUCUGAAUGAAGCCAUCACUCAACCUAUUUAUGAGCAGAUUGACCCUGUUUUUGGAGGCAUUUUUAGUGCUGGGAAGGCCACUGGUUCAGCUCUGAUGCCUCACAUAGAUGAUUUUAAGCACUCUCUGCAGGAGAAGAUGACAGAAAUUGGGAUUAGAAAUGGCUGGAAAUAUGAUAGCUGCAAAAAAAAAUUCCUGAUUCAGGAGAUAAGCGCCAUCCUGGGAAGCCUGGAGGGACACAUCCUCAGAAAGAAGAGAAGGAUCUAUGAGUCUCUCAGCACCUCAGUUCAGAAUGACCUGAAGUCCUGUUAUGAAGAGGCAGCUCAGAUCACUGGCAAAAAAGCCUGUGAGAGAAUGAAAGAUGUCAUCAGAAGAGGUGUGGACCGGCAGGUGGCAGAGGGCAUCUUUGAAAGAGCUCAAGAAAGGAUGCAGCACCAAUUUCAGCAACUGAAGAAUGGAAUCACAGAGAAGGUGAAGGGCAGUAUAUCCACCAUGCUGACCCUUGCUUCAUCCCAGGGGGUUGGUCUCUACAAGGAGCUUGCAGAUGUCAAGAGUGAAUACAAGGAGAUGGAAAAGCUAUACAGAAGCCUGAGAGAGGUUGCUGAGAAUGCAGUGCUGAGGAGAGGCAUGCAAGAGUUCCUCUUGAGAAUGUCACCCAGCAAAGUUGCCCCCCCACCCCAGAACACAGCUUUAAUCGUUGGGGCUCAGCCCCAAGACUAUGAGAAAUAAUCCCAUAGCCAAACAACCAGAAUUACUUCUGUUUUUCAAAUCUAAUGAAGAACCUUCCCCAACUGUUUGUUACAUAUAGCAUACAACCCAAUAUAUUUUUGCUUCUCACAUACUGAUUUCUGGGCAAAGUAAUUUCAUUCUUAUUCUAUAGUAAAAAGAGUCAUUUUGAAUCCCUAAUGGAGUUCUAAAGUUUAAGGGCUACAAUUCUUUUUCCUGUUUUAAUGCUAAUGAGACUGUUGGAUAAGGAGGCAACAUUGUACCAUGGAAACAACAGGAGUUUGGGAACCAAGCAGACAUGAGACCUGGCUUUACCACUUUUGAGAUGUGUUAUCUUAGACCAGUGGUUCUCAAAUAUUUUGUUCACAGGACUCUACACUCUUAAAAAUUAUUGAGUGCCCUGAAGAG